AUGACAGAAGGUGAGCUGCGACGCCGAUCACAUAGCUGCAACUGCUGUAGAAAUCGCCUGAGAGACCUCAAGGUGCACGCCUUCCGCUUCCUUGAAUCCACCUCCAUCCGCGGAUGCAAUCGCAUUGUAAAAUCGGAAAACGCGACUCUGCGAGUGCUAUGGACGGCGUAUGUCUGUCUAACCACCCUGUUUCUCCACUACUCCAUCAUGAAACUUGUCCACGAAUACAUGGAAUACUCAGUAAAUAUUCAAACCUACAUCAGUAUGGAUGCGCCAGCAGCCUUUCCAGCCGUCACCUUUUGCAAUCAUCAACCCUUUUCCUCUAAGGCGCACGAACUCUGGCGCCAGCAGACGGUAAUGUCUCCGACACGCUUUAACCAGAUUCUGCGAGAGCGUGCCUCCGGCAUUCUGCAAAAAGCUAUCAGCAUUCCGGAGGAUGCCUCCGCGCACAUCCAGCUUCUCAAUGUCUCCCUCAUUCAGGAGGCACUUGUACAAGGUCUAAUCUACGACACCCUGCCCAUCUACUACCAGAGUCUGCAAUGGCCGCAACACAAGGCCCUGGGGCACAAUUCAAAUGACGCUCUGGCACUCUGUCUGCUGCGAUAUGGCAGCAAUUGGAUGCUCACGGGGCCCGGCUGUGUGGAUCCCAUGCUGAAGAUUCGCCAACAGUCGGAUCCUAAGUACUUUAAUUGUUACAGUGUAGAAAUCAUGAAGCAUGCCUCCGAGCACAUCAAUGAACUGGGCCUGAUUCUGUGGUUGGGGCCCGACGAGAACUAUGGCAAGGAAGAUCGGCAAGCCUUCCUCUUUGAUCUGUUUGAGCAGGCAAAUGGACUUCGUGUGGUCAUUCAUGAGCCGGGUCAGCGGGGAAAUCUGGAGCGGGACGGGAUCCAGGUGGCACCAGGGCGCAUGAAUGAAGUUACCUUUCAGACCGUGCAGAUGCUGCACUAUAACCGGCCAAACAAACCGUGUUUUACAAAUCCAAGCCAGCAGUUUACCGAUCUUGAUGAGAAAUACGAUUACCAGUUCGAGAUGUGUCUUAGUAGUUACAUACAGAAUUUGGUUGUGCAGCGCUGUGGAUGUCUGUAUGCCUACUAUCCGCGAAUCUACUCACCCAAUGCAACCCUACCGUACUGUGGCCAGCUAUUUACUGGGACAGACGGUCUGCUGGAUGAGGAAUUGAUAAUUCAGCGGCGACAGUGUGCCAGCUCGAUUAUUGGCAACGCAGCCGCACUUCGUAAAGAGAUUGAGGAGGAGAAGAUCUGCCUACGACGUUGUGUUGUCACCGACUACGAGACGCAGGUGUCUGUGGCGCGGUGGAGACCUACCAGUUGGCAACUCUACUGGAGUCAGAAAACAUCCAGCCUGUUUGAUUCCGCACUUAACGGUUCGCUGACGUCAGAUCAGGCCCGUCUGAUUCAUCACUUUCUCCAGACGAAGAACCUCACCGAUUUCCCCGCGGAUAAUAAACAGCCCGGAUCCCUCGGCAGUGGUGCAUUUGUGUUUGAUGACAGGUUUGCCUAUCUGGUAAUAAGAAGGAAGAGCAAUGAUACCGUCAUAAAGAAUGAGCAUCUUGUGCUAACUGAGAACGCUCUUUUUAGUCGAAUUGGUGGUCUCUGCUCGUUUAAGCCUCCGGAUGAUAACAGAACGGAGCCCCUGCUGGAGCCCCCGAUUAACGGAACUUCGGAUUCAAUGCCAGCCCGGUUAUGCUCCAAAUCACCCUCUCCCAGGAAGCAGAAACAUGAUGACCAAAUAAUCCUUCCAAAAUACAGCUGUGCCCAAAAGUAA